UUCCCCGUUUCUCUUCCAAAACAAAUCCACCAACUCUUCUCCCUCUCCCUCUCCCUCUCCCUCUCCCCUCUCUCAGAUAUAUUUAUCCAUUAACCAGUAAGUAUUAUUAUCAUCUUUAAGCCAAUGGCAAAUCCCUCAAGUCCCUCAGCCCUCAGCAUGCGCAAGGACUCCCACUCCAUAUCGAAAACCAAGCCUAAGAUUCGAAUAAUCCACAUAUUUGCCCCCGAGAUCAUCAAGACCGACGUGGACAACUUCAGGGAGCUCGUCCAGCGACUCACGGGAAAGCCCGCCGGCAAUGAUCAGAAGUCACUUCGACGGAUCAAGAAGUCGAGAAUGGUCUGCAGGAAAGGCUCGAUGAUCUUUCAUGACAAGUAUGAAGACCCGGGCCAGCUGCAGUCCUCAUCGGAGUCCAGAGGUAUGGUUGUGAAGAGGGAAGAGCUCGGGAUAUGGAAUGCGGACAGCUCGGGAAGCUUCUUGAAUGGUUUCGAACAUUUGGAUGGGUACGUUCAAGCGCUUGUGGAGUUCCCGGUACUGUUGAGUACUGGGGAUCAGACUGCUUCUACUUCAUCCUCUUCCUCCCAAAGUACUAUGAACACUUUUGAAUUGUGAGGCAAAAUGCGUUCUCUACAUUCGAUACAAAUUUAUAUAUGUAUGUGCGUGCGGCCGCGAAAAUCAUGUUGAUGACCUCAACUAACUU